AAAGACGGGAGGGGACGGUACAACAGCACGCGCCACGCGCUCGGCACACCAGGCUACGUUCACGUUUUUUCGAGGCAAAACGCCGUGCAAAGCCAUUUGGACUCAUGAGUAAGAACGCUAAGCAAGUUACAGGGCAAGUUACAGGGCGGCGCAAAAUGCGAUCCAAUUUUCGGGGAACUUUUCUGUCGCGGGCCUUGCACGACAGAUUCGUGGAGUACCUCAAGGCUGGAAGGAGGAAAGUACCACCAGUUACAGCUCUCAACGAUCUUCUGCCCACGUUCGCUGUUGGUGCUAAAUGCGACCGCAGGGCUGUCCAGGGUAAAUUCAAAAGUUGGGCAAGACGCAUGUGGCUCUCAGGUGGCGACACACUGAUGCUCGGCUCGAAGGUGAUCGUGUCUCGAGAGAAGUUUGUGGCUAUCGCCUGGUCUUUACAUAGUGCCAAUCCGGCGCAGCACCUCUGCGCCCACGAGGUAGCGCUGAAAGUACAGAGCUUAUACACAUGGGGCCAGAAAAACUUCGGUAUGAGUUGGGAGAUAGUUUGUCUUGCGUGUGAGCUCUGCACCAGACCAGAAUGUCAGAACGUAACGCCAGCCUCUGCCGCCAGACACGGUGAUGGCUCACGAUGUAAAGGGGAAAACGAAGGAUCGACCAGCGAUCUGACCAAAUGUCCUCCCCGCUGGCUGACAAAGUCAAUGAAGGUCUUGAAGACAUCCAUAUCAUCUGUAGGUCAUCCGGACUCAGAGGGAAGAUCUUCGACAAAGGACAUUCACAAAAACGAAACCGAUGAAAGCAGUGGCCAAGAUUCUGGAAUUUGCAGUUUAGCAGUUGUGACAAGCCCGUCUCAGAAGCAGGCCAAGACUGAGGGCGAUGCAGGAAGCUGUACAAACCCUUUUGCUGAAAGCGAAUCAUCGAGGAGCACUCUGUCACCUUUCCUAAUUGCUCACAUGGCCAAUCCCGAAGCAUCGCAGCAGCUGACUCAAAUUUUGAUAGAAUUUGGCAAGUACACGGACGUCUACGAUGAAUUUACUGCGGAGCAGAGCUACACAGAAAACGCAGCGCCUUGUUUGGUUAACAAUCAAAUCCAACCAGGCCAGUCAGAUGAUGCUUCCAGCCAAGAAAUCUUCAGUGGAGGGAGCUCUGGUUUUCUAAAAUUGCUGCAGGACAUCGAUGAGCUUCGGAUGUUCUUCCCGCUGAGAGGAAAUCCUUCGCACGGCAGAUGCGAGUACCUGUGUUCACGUAUAGAGUGCCUGUUGAAUGAAGUUUCCAGACUGCGAACACAAGUCAAGGGUUUCGAACAGGACGACAGAAACGGAAGCACCUCUUCUAAACAACCGCAACCAUAGUAAAGAUAAUAAAAAUAAAAUUUGUAAAGGGUUGUGCGGACAGUAAAAAAAAAAAAAAAGAAAAAAAAAGAAAAAAAUAAAGAUUGUGGUUACGUUUCA